AGGAAUCAUUCGUUGAAGCAGUAAUCUACUCACACGAAACUCACGAUGCCUGAUCCCGUGAAAGCGCCGAAGAAGGGCUCAAAGAAAGCCGUUUCUAAGAGCGUCUCCAAGACCGGCAAGAAGAAGAGGAAGACCAGGAAGGAGAGCUACGCCAUCUACGUGUACAAGGUCCUGAAGCAGGUCCACCCCGACACCGGCAUCUCGUCCAAGGCCAUGCUGAUCAUGAACUCGUUCGUGAGCGACAUCUUCGAGCGCAUCGCCGGCGAGUCCUCCCGUCUGGCUCACUACAACAAGCGCUCCACCAUCACC